UAUAAUAAAUUACCUCAGUAUUAAAUAAAAUAAAAACGUAAAAAUUAUGAAUUAUUAACUGUUUACUAGUGAUGUAAAGGGUAAUAUUACCGAGGAAAUGUUACCGGUAAUUUUGGUAAUAUUACCGCAAGAUCGGUAACAUUGGAAAUAUUGUUUUUUUUUUCGCUCUACACUCUCAUUUAUUUGCCCAGCUGUACAUGGCGUCAUUGGCGCCGCGCGGCCGCACAUAUCGAUCGGGGAAUACCCGAAAUCUAACUUGUGAUAAUUCCAUGGUUCCCCGUGACAAGCGGCAAGCGAUAUUUUGUAAACAAUCUUCAUCAUAAUUAGUGACAUUAUUGCUAUAAAAGGUGUUGUUUAUAACUAUCAGUGCGAUUCCUAUUAAAUAACUGUAAUUGUUUUGCCUUGUUAUGUGAUAUUUGAACUAGUAAGUCUAGAUAUUUUUAAGUUGAGCUCUUCCCGAAAUGCAUGAUGUUUAUUUUGUAUUUGCGAUAAUAUGGUUAAGCCGAACAGUGAUGUUUGGAGGUACUACGAUCUUAAAGAUAAAGACAACUAUUUCUGUAAAUAUUGUAAAACCUCCUUUAAAAGAAAUGCUACCAGACAAUUCCAACAUUUGCUAAAAUGUGUCAAAAUACCUGAAAAUGUAGUACAAAUUCUUAAAAAAGGGAAAUUGCCUAUAAUAAAUGUUUCCAGUAGUAACAAUAACACCACGCCAAGUUCAACCGAGGUAUUAGAAGAUAGUGAUGCUGAUGAUACUGAUACUACCUCUCAGCAGGGGCAGGGAGAAUCUUUAGACUCAGAAAUUGCUUCACUAGUCAGGCCUGUGCCUUCAUCAGCUAGUUCUUCAUUUUCAAGUACUACUAAAGCAUCAAAGGGUACAAUUUCUUCGUAUUUUGAUAACAUGUCCUCUCAAGAAAACAAUAAGAUUGAUGAAAUACUCGCAAGGGCUAUUUAUGUCUCAGGAGCCCCCUUAGAUAUGACAACGAAAAAAGUAUGGUUAGAUGUAUUCAAAGCAAUGAGAUGCGCAUAUAAACCACCCUCUCGUUACCAGUUGUCAAAUCCACUCCUCGAAUCCGAGUACACUAGAGUAAAAGCUGCAGUUUCUUCAAAAAUUAGUGAAGCACCUAUCUUAAGCCUACAAAUGGAUGGAUGGUCAAAUUGCAGAAAUGACUCUAUAUCUAAUUUUGUUAUUAAUACACCUCUUCCGGUAUUUUACAAAUCAAUACACACCGAAAAUAACAGACAUUUAGCAACAUUUUUGGCCUCAGAAAUUGAAAAAGUGUUGAAAGAAUUAGGAGCUUCAACUUUUCCAGCUAUUGUCACUGACAACAGAGCUAACAUAAAAAAGGCUCGUGAAAUAGUUAGCAGCAAGUACGAUUACAUUACUAAUUAUGGUUGUAUUUACUACGGUCUAAACCUUCUGGUUGAAGUCUUCUUGAAAUUAGACCAUUUUUCCAAUUUUAAAAAGAAUAUAAUUUCAAUUGUAUCUGAGCUGAAAAAUUCGCAGAUUUUACAUGCAACGUUUGAAAAAAUCCAGUUAGACAAAACGGGGCGACACAUCUCCUUUGUCUAAAAGCAUUGUUCCUUUGUUUGUUGUCUAAAAAGCUUUUUGGACACUAAACAUUCAUUAAAAAGUUUAGCAGUUGAUGAUAGCCCAGAUAUUUCUGAUGUUCUUUCAUCAAAUACACCAAUCACUAAGUGGAUAAGGAUUUUUGAAGCUAACGGGCUAACAAUCUCAAAAGUGUUUAUCUGCUUUUUUGAAAUAAGAUCUAUAUUAUGUGACAAAGUAUCAAAUUUAUCUAUUACUAUGUUGGAAUACUAGAAAAUGUAUUCAAUUCUUGAAAAACGACAAAAUAAAUGUUUAAAACCCGUUCAUCUUGCUGCUUACCUAUUAGAACCAAAUCAACGCGGCGACAAUUUAACUGAAGAUGAAAAUUUAAUUGCAACGGAGUUCAUCUAUGAAACUGCAAGGCAUCAUCCAAAGUAUUCUUCACAAGUAGAUCUUAUUAUGGAAGCACUCGCACCGUACAAAAUUAGAGGUAAUAAUUUUGCUAAGGAAUUCGUUAUUUCCAGCGAAAAAUGUAUGGCUGGACCUGUUUGGUGGGCAGGAAUUUGCUCCAGUUCUAAAAUAAGUAGGUUUUGGCUGUAGACAUUUUAAAUUUACCACCGUCAACAGCCGCAACCGAAAGAACCUUUAGUACUUACGGAUUUAUUCAUCGGCAAAGAAGAAACAGACUUACCGUGGAGAGGGCCGGAAAACUAACUUAUAUUGCCCAUAAUUAUAAUUUACUAUAUGAAGACGAUCAUUCAAAAAUAGUAGAAGCUACUGAAGAAGAAAUAGAAAAAGAAGAUAUCGGUUUCGAAGUUAUAGACUUUACUCAAUUAACGAAAGAGAAAGAAGAUUCAGAUGACGAGGUUGGGGAUGAUCCAGAUGAUGAUGAGGAUGAUUUACCAUUAUCCACUCUAUUACAUAGUCCAUUGUGACUCUGACUAGUUUAAAAAACGUUCUUGUUGUUUUUCGUAAUGUUUUUAGAGUUUUGAAAUAAGAAAAACUUGUAUUACUUAAAAAGCUGUUAUUUACAAAUUACCAAUGUUACCGUAAUAUUACGUAACAUUACUGGUAAUAUUACCGUUUUUUAAAUUACCGAUAAUUUUACAUCACUACUGUUUACUAUUAACAUUAUUAACUCCUUACAGGUAUGAUAACUUUAUAGAAAUCACCAAAAGUUUGCUAUUAAAGUCAUAAUCUAUAUAGUAGACGCCACGAGAGCUGGCAGUAAAUCA